CUAGGGCGGGGAUCAAGAUUUUUUUAAAGUGAUCCUUUCCAUCCUCUCCAAUGCAUUUUUUAAAAUAAAUUGCAGCCGGGUCAGACACAAUGUCUGUCUGGAACAAAGUCUUUCACACACAGCCCAAUGCAUGGCAUCUGAUAGACACUGGAAUACACAUUUUAAAUCUGUGCGACCACGCCCUCCGCCUCUCCACCUGCAACAGCCCGGGGGACGCCGUGCCCAUCGCGGCGAGGAAACAGGCCGUGGCCACGUGGGUGCGGGUCAAGAGGCUCCUGCAGCAGGACAUCGGCUCAAAGAUGAAGACUAGAGAUGAGUGCGAGGACGAGGAGGUGUCGGCCAUGACGCGCGUGCUGGUGGCCGUGGAGAUGCUCCGGUGCAACCGGAGCCCCCGGCACAAGGAGUUCUCUGUUCCCGGCCUCCCGGAGCUGGUGAGCAUGGCGUCUGAGUGCAGCUGGAGCGACGCCGUGGUGGAGCUGCAGGCGUGGUGCCAGCUGGCCGCCGUCUGCCACCACGCCAAGGACCAUCGCUCGGUGCUGCGCUGCACCGGCAGCGCUCUGCAGCUGGAGGCGGCGGCAGCAGCGAGCCUCGGCGCCACGGCCCGCGUUCUGUACGGCCCGACGGCGGUCAGCGAGAUGCUGAGCGGCGCCGGUUGUUUGCGAGCUUUGACGUUGGUGCGUGAGAGCGGUGGAGACCUCCACGCCUACGGGGAGGCCAUGGAGCUGCUGCUGGCCGCUGUCAGAAACGCAGAGAAGGCGGAGAGUCCGGCGCUGUGCGUCGCCGCCGCCGGGCGCUACUGGAGCACAUGCCUCCCCCUGACUCAGACUCCUGAGGGGAGGCGGCAGCUCCUGGAGCCGCUGGAGGAGAUCCUGUCUGCUCUGGUUCACACCAACAGGAAGCAUAAACAGAACAAAGGGAGAGCAUCGCUGACGCUAACAGCUCCGCCUCUUGGGAGCUCUAAACACGAAGCCUCAGAGGAGGAGGACCUCUCCCUGAGAGCCGCCAUGUACAGCCUGUUGCUCCACGUCCACCUGGAGAGAACCGACUGGGCCGGUGCUCAGCAGCUGCUGGACCGAGCCAUCAGGGACACGCCUCGCUCCAGACACCGGCUACCUCUGCUGAAACACAGAAUACUGGUGAAAGCUCAACUGGGGAAAAGUGUACUGGCGGACAUGCAGAAGUUCCAGGACGAAGAGGAGCAGUGCUGUUCAUCGAUGUGGCACCAGGUGGCGCUGUGUGCCGGCAACAUCACCCAGCAGCUCACCUGCUACCAGAAGUCCAUCACCUGCCUGCUGAGUGAAGAGAGUCGGUGGGAGAAGCUCGGCCUCCUGCUGGAGUUUGGAGAGUGGUUGUACGGUCACGACUUCCCCAAAGCCGCCGCCCGGCGCCAGGUCCAGUGGGCCGUGGACCUCCUGCUGCUCGUGGGACGCGAGCGGGCCGAGGGGUCAGAGGUCACGUCUCAAAAAAGGUCUCUGAGCUCAGAGUCCCCGGUGGGAAUGCGGGGCUCCUCCUGGACGAGUCUGAAGGAGGUGCGACGUCUGGACGGCUUGGUGCGAGCACACACUCUGCUCGCCGUCAUGGCCGACAGGACUUCACCCGAGCGCCGGCUCAACCUGCUCAGGGCCUCCGUCUUCGUGCUGCGGAUAUGGCAGGUGUCCAUGGCUGUAGGUUGGGAGAUAUCCAACGAGAUGGCCAAGAACCAGCCGGCCCCGCCCCCGACCUCCGCUGGAUCCAAAAAAGGCAAAGACAAGGGCAAAGGCAAAAAAGGGAUAGAUCCGACCCCCGUAGAAGAGAGGCCUAAACCCGUGGUCCUGGACCAGGAGCUCCCCUCCAGCCCACAGGACUGGGCUCGCUACGCCUGUCCUCAGCAGGCCCGGCUCAUCUUCAGAACCAACAGCAACCCCCACUGUGUCAACACACUCAGCAUCACCAAGCAGACUCAAAGCCUGUUUUAUCUCGACCUUCUGGAGAGAGAGUUGUGCUCACUCUCACUCGACCACCUGACCUCACCCAUCAUGCAUCUUGCCGAGACCAUUGCCCACGACCUGUUGGAUAGGAGCGGCCUCUCCGACCUCUACCGACUUCGAAUUGUGAGGCGCUGCAGUCAGCUGGGUCUGGAGACCCAUUCCCCGUACCAGGAGAAGCUCCUGAGUCUAAGUCGAAUCCAAGAACAAGAACAGAUGAGGUGCCACAGAGCGAUUGCUGUUUCACACGAGGGAAGAGGCCUUCACCAAGGGGCCAAUCAGAAGGUGGAGGGGGAUGGAGUGGUUGGCUUUGGGCAGCAGAAGAGGGAAGUGAGUGCUCAGCACAUCUGGCUGGACAAAGCUGAUGUUUGCCUCGGUCUCGGACUCCAUCAGGCAGCCAGGCAGCUGCUGGCAGAGGCCCACUGUGUGGCUGAGGAGCUCAGAGACCUGACGACGAUGGCUAGAAGUUUGCUCAGCCUGGCCGUGCUGGCUUGUGAGGAGCAGAACUUUGCUCAGGCUCUGAUUCUGCUGGACGAAGCCCACGCUGUGGGAGGGGAUGAGGAGUUCUGGUACCAGCUCACCCUCACCAAUGUCAGAGCUGUGGUGGGCCAGAGGGACCAAGACGCACACACCAAGGCUGAACAGAUUAUAAAACGAGGCUAUGUCGCCCUGAAGCUGGUUCUGGAGCGGCGGGUAAACCGAGCCCCAGAAAUUAUAUUCUUCAUCACCUCGUUAGAGAUGAGGGAACAGAGCUCUGUGUGGUCCUUUUCUAUUAGGAUGUCUUUGUCAUUUUCGAGCUGCACUAUCCAGUGGGUGAAGGGAAUGUACAUCCUGGUCCUAUGCGCUUUGUUGUGUUCCAGGGGUGCCGUUGAAUCUAUACGUGCCCUUGGUGGCGGUGAACCCGGGAAGAGAUUUAGCAACGAGGCGGUCCAGAGGCUGAUGGCCGCCUGUGAUACCCUCAGAGAGUGCGCCAGUGGUUUCAUUAAACUGGGCUACAAAGACCACGCAGCAGAGACGCAUGCCGAGUACGCACACGGUCUGAGAACCCUCGCCGGCCGCUCCGCUCACGCAGAAGACAAGCGGCGCUUCCUGCUCGACGGCGUCUCCCAGCUGCAGCUCGCCGUCACGGAGCAGGAACACGUGGCGCUGACCGCUCAGACGCUGCUGCCCUCACAGCAGGAGAACUCUAGAGCGAUCUAUCUUCAACCAAGUGUCCUCCUCUCUCCACAGAGAGACUCCAGCAGAAUCCGCAGGACCAGUAAAGGAGCGGCAGACCAGCGAGAGCUUCUUCAGUCCCAGCUCGAAGAAGCUCCAGAACCAGAUCUCCAACUGGCCUCCGAGGAGCAAGUGGUACCAACACUUGAUCCCAUGAUGCAGAGAGACGAGAGCUUUGCCAUCAUCCUCCCGUCCCCCACCACCUCCACAGUAUCCAGAGGACACCCAGCACGCUGCUGGCCUUCUUUAGCAGCUUGUUCAGCCUCUUCCUGUCAGCCGCUGCCAUGCUGCUGCUGCUGCUCCAGAAGACCACUCCAUAGAAGAUGGCUGAUGCCACCACAGAGUCCAAGAAGGUCUUCAGCAGUGCUCCCUGCACUCCAGAGGACCUCAGUCUCCUCAGCAGAAAGAGUCUGGUCCCUUUUGAUAGAGUGCAUGUGCGUGGUCAGCCCAGUCCAGUUUGUGUUUCAGGUGGCGGCGCGACUCUCUGCCUGUCUGACCGACAUCUCUCAGUGGAUGUCUGCUCACCACCUGAAAAUCAACCCCGACAAGACCGAGCUACUAUUCCUUCCAGGGAAAGGCUCCCCCACCCACGACCUGACGACCACCUUCACCAGCUCUGUGUUGGCCCCCGACUGCCAGGAACCUCGGGGUGACACUAGACAGUCGACUCUCCCUGACGGCCAACAUCACUGCGACAGCGCGUUCCUGUUGGUACAUGCUGCACAACAUCAGGAGAAGACGUCCUCUUCUUACUCAGAAGGCGGCACAGGUUCUGGUCCAGGCUCUGGUCAUUUCACGCCUCGACUACUGCAACUCCCUCCUGGCUGGUCUACCUGCUAAGGCCAUCCGACCUCUGCAGCUCAUCCAGAAUGCAGCAGCUCGACUGGUCUUCAGCCUCCCGAAAUUCACCCACACCACUCCGCUCCUCUGCUCUCUCCACUGGUUACCGGUGGCUGCCCGCAUCCGCUUCAAAACAUUGGUUCUGGCGUACCGUGCUCUGAACGGAUCGGGCCCCGUCUACAUCCGGGAUAUGGUCACACCGUACACCCCGGCGCGUUCGCUCCGCUCGGCAACAGCCAACCGACUUGUGACUCCUGCACCUCGAGCUAAUCACUCUACAUCCAGACUGUUUGCUGUCCUGGCUCCUCAGUGGUGGAACGAGCUCCCCACUGACACCAGGACAGCAGAAAGUCUCUACAUCUUCCGCCGGAGACUGAAAACACACCUUUUCCGACUAUAUCUGGAUUAAAACUCAGAUUUGCACUUCAGUGGCACUUAAAUAGCUCUUAUUGUGGUACUUUUGUAGUUCGACUAUGUUGAGGAAAUGUUCAUUCCUGUAUUCUUGUUGUUCUUUGUUUAUACUCUAGGUUGAAAUGCACUUAUUGUCAGUCGCUUUGGAUAAAAGCGUCUGCUAAAUGACAUGUAAUUAAUGUAAAAUGUAUUUAUAUGGAAGAUGUAUGUGAAAGUAUGUCUGUGUGUAUGUAUAUAUAUAUAUAUGUGUAUAUAUACAUAUAUAUAUAUAUUGUUUUAUUUUUUAUUUUCUUUGUUAUUUUUUCUUUAUUUUACAUACAUUUUCUGAUUUAUUUGAUAUUAAUUUAGGAUAGGAAUA